ACGCAUAAUUCUGAAAAUUCAACUUAGUAGGUACAUAGGGAAAUUGUACUCUACUUGCUGGGAACAAUAUGCAACUCAACGCAUUGUCCAGGGGUGAGGCGCUCGCGCGCGGCAGCAGCGGGCGUCGCACCCCCAUCGCAGCACAGCGUAUCGGUGGGCGAACUCGCAAGGCAGUACAUGUCUCAGCCAGCCUUCAGUCCGGUUUCCUGGGCCAGCGCGUGGCUGGGCGCAUGGCAGUGCCCUCAGCCGCCCGUAGGGCUGGGCGCGCGGGACGCCUCGUCGUAAAGAGCAUGUUUGAACGCUUUACCGAGAAGGCGAUCAAGGUCGUCAUGCUUGCCCAGGAGGAGGCCCGGCGGCUCGGCCACAACUUUGUGGGCACGGAGCAGCUGCUGCUAGGCCUCAUCGGAGAGUCUACUGGUAUCGCAGCAAAGGUCCUUAAGUCUUUGGGAGUUAAUCUUAAGGACGCCCGUGUGGAAGUGGAGAAAAUUAUUGGUCGUGGGUCUGGAUUCGUCGCGGUGGAGAUCCCCUUCACGCCGCGGGCGAAGCGGGUGCUGGAAAUGUCUUUGGAGGAGGCCCGUCAGCUUGGCCACAACUACAUUGGCACCGAGCACAUCCUGCUUGGCCUGCUGCGCGAGGGCGAGGGUGUGGCGGCCCGCGUGCUGGAGACUCUGGGGGCGGACCCGGCCAAGAUCCGCACCCAGGUCAUCCGCAUGGUCGGUGAGAGCCAGGAGCCGGUGGGUGCCGGCGUGGGCGGCAGCCAGGCGCAGGGCUCGAACAAGACCCCCACGCUGCAGGAGUACGGCACUAACCUCACGCAGCAGGCGGCGGAGGGCAAGCUGGACCCGGUGGUGGGCCGCAAGAAGCAGAUUGAGCGUGUGAUCCAGAUCCUGGGUCGCCGUACCAAGAACAACCCCUGCCUCAUCGGAGAGCCCGGUGUGGGUAAGACGGCGGUGGCGGAGGGCCUGGCGCUGAAGCUCGCCACGGGAGACGUGCCCGAGACCAUUGAGGGCAAGCAGGUUGUCACCCUGGACAUGGGCCUGCUGGUGGCGGGCACCAAGUACCGCGGAGAGUUCGAGGAGCGGCUGAAGAAGCUGAUGGACGAGAUCAAGCAGAACGACGACAUCAUCCUGAUGAUUGACGAGGUGCACACGCUGAUCGGCGCGGGUGCGGCGGAGGGCGCCAUCGACGCCGCCAACAUCCUGAAGCCCGCGCUGGCCCGCGGUGAGCUGCAGUGCAUCGGCGCCACCACGCUGGACGAGUACCGCAAGCACAUCGAGAAGGACCCCGCGCUGGAGCGCCGCUUCCAGCCCGUCACGGUGCCCGAGCCCACCAUCGAGGAGACGUUUGAGAUCCUGCAGGGCCUGCGCGAGCGCUACGAGACGCACCACAAGCUGCGCUACACGGACGAGGCGCUCAUGGCGGCAGCCAAGUUCAGCAGCCAGUACAUCAGCGACCGCUUCCUGCCCGACAAGGCUAUCGACCUGAUCGACGAGGCCGGCUCCCGCGUGCGCCUCCGCCACAUCCAGCUGCCCGAGGAGGCUCGCGACCUGGACAAGGAGCUGCGCCAGGUGACCAAGGACAAGGACGCGGCGGUCAGGGGUCAGGACUUCGAGAAGGCGGGUCAGCUGCGCGACCGCGAGAUGGAGCUCAAGGCCAAGAUCCAGGCCAUCAUCGCUGGCGCCAAGGAGGCCUCCAAGGCGGAGGCGGAGAGCGUGGAGGGAGGCGGCCCCAUGGUGACGGAGAGCGACAUCGCGUCCAUCGUGGCGCAGUGGACCGGCAUCCCCAUUGAGAAGGUUUCCUCGGACGAGACCGAGCGGCUGAUCAAGAUGGAGGAGGUGCUGCACGGCCGCGUGAUCGGGCAGGAGGAGGCGGUGUCCGCCAUCAGCCGCGCCAUCCGCCGCGCGCGCGUGGGCCUGAAGAACCCCAACCGCCCCAUCGCCUCCUUCAUCUUCGCCGGCCCCACGGGUGUGGGCAAGUCGGAGCUGGCCAAGACACUGGCCAACUACUACUUUGGCAGCGAGGAGGCCAUGGUGCGGCUGGACAUGAGUGAGUUCAUGGAGCGACACACCGUGUCCAAGCUCAUCGGCUCGCCGCCCGGCUACGUGGGCUACCAGGAGGGCGGGCAGCUGACGGAGGCGGUGCGGCGGCGGCCGUACACGGUGGUGCUGUUCGAUGAGAUCGAGAAGGCGCACCCCGAUGUGUUCAACAUGAUGCUUCAGAUUCUUGAGGACGGCCGCCUGACCGACUCCAAGGGCCGCACCGUGGACUUCAAGAACACGCUCAUCAUCAUGACAUCCAACGUGGGCGCAUCCGUCAUCGAGAAGGGCGGCCGCUCCAUGGGCUUCUUCCUGCGCCCGGACGACGAGGACGCGGAGCAGGACAUGUCGUACAACCGCAUCAAGACGCUGGUGAACGAGGAGCUCAAGUCGUACUUCCGGCCCGAGUUCCUGAACCGCCUGGACGAGAUCAUCGUGUUCCGGCAGCUCACCAAGAAGGAGGUCAAGCAGAUCGCCGAUAUCUUCCUGCGCGACGUGUUCAAGCGCGCGGAGGAGAAGGGCAUCAAGAUCGAGGUGACCGAGAAGUUCAAGGACAGGCUGGUGGACGAGGGCUUCAACCCCACCUACGGCGCCCGCCCGCUGCGCCGCGCCAUCAUGCGCCUCAUCGAGGACUGCCUGGCGGAGCGCAUCCUGAUGGGGGACAUCAAGGAGGGCGACGUGGUCAUCAUGGACGUGGACCCAGACGGCUCCAUCGCGGUGCUGGCGGGCGACAAGAAGAUGCGCGCGGAGAUCGACGCAGUGCCCGCAGGCAUUGCGUAAGGAGGGGGCUGGGGGCUCGGGCUCGCUGGUGGUGGGGAGGAGGAGGGGUGCGGGCGCGAGACGUCGCGUGAAGGCCCGAGAUGCCCGAGCUCUGCGCGUGCAGCUGGGUGUUGCAUGCACGGGCAGGCUUGGGCGGGUUAGAUGAAGCUGCAAGUGUUCGCGCGUGGUGUUGUGUUGGUGGCGACAGAGGUGGUAUGCUUUGCAGUGUCUGGGGUAGAAGGUUUAUAUUGGACCAGGGUUUAGGGGGAAGUGCAGGGCAUAUAGAAUGCUAGUAUGACCGCUGUUUCGGUGGUGUUGGUGCAGCUGGCGGCGGCUUCAGCCUCCUAGGUAUGCUCUUCAGGUUACUGACCUACGUGACGCGUGUGUUGCACGUUUGUAGCGACCUUGUUAACUCCAGGCUGCCCGAUGGUGCGAAGGGGAGGCGGGUAGACAGCCGAUCGACUGUGUGCGAUUAUUUGGCCCGCUCGGGUUGCGUGUCCACGCCCUGGGAGACAGCUGGCAAAGAAUGGUAAGGAUGGGCUUUGGCCAGAUGGGCGUGGGGCAGUGGUAUAUCGCACAGUGGGAGGUGUUGGUGCCGGUAGAUAGGACGGCCGAGAAAGGAAUUUUGCUGUUUUGGUAGGCAAGAGGGUAAGGAGGGCUUCAGCGCUGUGUCCCAUAUUGGUUGUUGGCUGUAUCCAGCAGCCUAGACAACGGCCUGUUGCUGUCCUAUCUGCUAUUUACGUCCCAAGUUCCGGUAUGUUGGGAGAGUUGCUUAGCGCUUGCUCCUUCCGUUGUACAUCCAUGAGUGUGCCGUUAGAGACAUGCAGUUAAGACAUGAGCGGGUUGACUGCGAAGUCAGAUGGUGGGGGUGCAAACGGGCCCCGUAACUUGGCCUUGUUUGUUUAGGACUUGGCAAGGACUGUGUGUGGUGUGCUCUGGGGCUUAGGUGCCUGUGGAGUCCUAGCCUCCCGCUAGGCAAUGAGGCCUGUUUCCACCCGUCCUGGCCUCUGUACCCUUAGACCGUACUUGCACGGAGAGCCGUGAAUGAUUGUCACGGCCCCGAGGGGCUGUGCCUGCUUGCAUAGUGUUAAGUGCGAUUGUGUAAAGCGCAUCAAAUACGUG